UUGUGUGUUAAAAAUUGUGGGUGAGGUGAGAUCUUCCUCCAAUCCCAUGGUGAGAUCCAGUCCAGCGCCAUAAAUGAGUAUUGACAAUUGAGGGUUACGUUAUCGCAACUAAAACUAGCAAAGCAACGUAGAGUAGAUGAUACGGUUCCAAGAUGAAGCAACAGCAGCUUUCUGUGCGACGCAAGUCAGAUCGUCAACAAUCCUCUCAAUAUAGUUUCCUACUCUCUGGAUUUAGCGAUCAUGAAAAGACAACACUUGCCCGACAGAUCAUUCGACUUGGUGGAAAGUACCUUGAUUGCAAGGAAUUUUCACCAGAGUGCACCCAUGUUGUCUGCAUCCGACCAAUGAGAAGUGAGAAGUUCCUAUGUGGAUGUGCAUCAGGGAGAUGGGUCGUUUCUCCUGAUUUCAUCCAUGAAAGCACAGCGGCAGGUUGCUGGUUAGAAGAAGCCAGCUACGUGUGGGACAAUGAGACUUCUGAGGAUAGUAACGUUAGCAUCACUAGUGCAUCUAUGGUGAACGCCCCAAAGCGAUGGCGAGAACACCUAGAAAUAAAGAAUCAGCGAGCUUUUGAUGGAUGGAAUGUCGCUAUACUUGUGACUAACACCAAGAACAGACCUGCUGUUUACAGAAGGUUGAUAGAGUGUGGUGGAGGGAAUGUUAUCUCCUUACGGUCCUCCUCCAAGAACCUUGAAAGUCUCACCAAGACGCUUAAUUACAUCUUCAUGGACAAGUGCUACCUGGAGAAAGUGCGCCCUCUGCUGGCUGAGGGGGUGCCAUGUUUGGCCCCUGACUUCAUCGCAGAGUAUUUGUUUGAGGAAAGCCCUGAUUUAGAGAAGUAUGACAUCAGGACUUUUGAACCCAACCAAAGUAAGAGAGGCUCACUGGUUAACAGCCUUUCCAGCAUAGCAGGGAGUUGUGCAAGCUCACCACUCAAAGGGUGUUCCGUAAGCCUUGGUCCUUCUACACCGCGUAUAACAACACCCCUUAGAACGUCUACCAACGCCGUGAAGCCAAAGCGGUACCGUCAAAGCCAACUUCCAGCAUCACUAUUCACCCAAUCCAGUCAGAGUAGUCCAAGUCAGAGCCAGACUUCUGACUCUCAGAGCCAGUCACCACAAGCAUCUUCAAAGCAUCGGUCACCACUCACCAAAUCACCACAAACACCUUCCUUCACCCAGACGACCCUGAAACGGACACCUUUGACGCGGUCAAAGACACCAGGUAGUCUUGGGACAUUUGUUAAACAGACCACACAGAGCAACAAUCUUAGUGUUACUGUUAAGAGUGAGACAGUCGUGAAUAGAAAACUUUUUUCGUCACAUCAGGUUCAGAAGACGGUGGAAGAGGUUCAGAAAAAGUACUCGCCAGCGUAUUACUCUCGUGUUCCUUACUGGAUUCAAGUCAAACCUCCUAAGUAUCAGGACCAUGAAGAAAUGACGAUGCCUUUCCCGACCAUGGUCUGCAAUCUCAUUGAUGCAUACUUGGAGGAAGGCCUAUGGCUGAGAGCAGUGGAGAGCAUCCACUCCUACUUGUCUGUCAAGAAAUACCCUCCAUCAUCGUUACUACACGUCAUCAUGAGCAAGGUUUUAGAGUGGAAAGACGUUGCGUUCACAUCCCAAGCCAUCAAUCUAUUGAAAUCGGUUCUCUGCGUUCACCGACCGUCAACACCAGAGAUGUCUCAGGUCUACCUUGAUUCGUUUGUGCCGUCCGAUAAUGAUAUGUUUGGUCUGGAGAGUGAUGAUCCCAUCAACACACCAUGGGAUUUUGUUGGUAGUGUCAUCAGGAAGUCCUUACAGCUGCCUCUAGGAGAUUCUGAAGAGGAUAUACAGGAGCAAGAGCAAGCUCAGAACUCUGUCUUAAGGAACAAUCAUCAGAUGUUGCUGAGCUAUAUCGUGGCUCUAGUAGAGCAGGACUUCCAGGUCUGGGUGCAUCGCCAAGGAAAUGCAACCACCAAGGAGCAGAAGUCAUGUCACUGUAUGCUGUCCAGUAUUCUAUGGCCAGAUGGUAAUGUCAAAGCAUCGGGUCCAUUUGCCUCUCAGCUGGUUAGCUUCAUGCUUCAGGCUGUGGCGGCCAUUGGCAGUGCAUCACACAUGUACCCGUGUCUGAGGAUGAUCAUAAGUUUAGUGGAAAUGGCGGCGGAGACCUGCAGAGUUAUCACAGGAGACAGUAGCAUUUUGGGACAUGCUGAGACGGGAGUACAUCUGGACUUUGCUGCCGAGAUCGCUUCGAUGCUAUCACAAGAGGGCCUGAUGGAGAAUAUGGAAUCUCUUAACGUUCUUUUGUCCCUCCUGCGACCUGAUUGGUUGAAACUGAAAGUGGUAGAGAGUUUACUGUGUGCCUAUGAUGACAGCCUCGUGAGAGAGGAGUUCAGAUAUCUGGUAGCUCAGCCUCUAUCGCUCAAAAAAGUGGUGAACUAUUACUUUUAUCUGCUACCUCUGAUGACGACAGCUUCCCUGCAUCCUAAGACACCUGAAAAGCCAAGCCAAGCAGUUAUAACUAAGUCCAGGAAAAGACCACAUCAAGAUACGGUCCAAGCUGGACCCCUCAAGACUCUGGCUGUAAAAAACAACAUCAGAAACUUACAAACACUCAAAGACCGUCCCAACAUCAAAGCUCCAAAGAUGAAAAUCAACAAAGUCAACCGCAGAAAUAUGAGAGGCGAGACACCUUUACAUUUAGCCUGUAUAAAAAACAAUGUAGCAAAGGUACGAGAGUUGCUAUCAAAUCCUGCCAUCGAGAUUAACCAAGUGGACUUCGCUGGCUGGACUGCACUUCAUGAAGCUUCAAAUCACGGCCAUGUAGACUGCGUCAAGGAGUUAUUGAAAUAUAAACCAAAGGCCACGAUUGCAUCUUAUUUCAGUCCAGGUAAAGACAAGAAAUCUGCGAAUGGGUUAAAUCUUCUGGCAGCCCCUGCUGAAUGUGGAACUACUCCAUUGCAUGACACCGUCAACAACCGCCAUGUAGAAGUAGCAAGACUGCUUGUCAAAGCUGGAGGUAAAGCUGUUUUGAUGGCACGUAACAAGGCAGGUUUCACUCCUCUAGACUUGACCGCUGAUAAUGCCAUGAGGCGUGCUCUGGUGUUGAGCACUGAUACAAAAUCUGAACCAUCGAAGCCUGGUAAAGACCACAAUAAAGAAAAUGUAAUGGAAUCUGACUCCCAGGAAGUUCCCCAGAGUUCAACUCCUUCACCUCCUUCCAGACAGUUGCGGGACAUCGGCAUCCCAUCCGAAGAAGAGUACACCUGUGUGCUGGGUUCCUCAAACGGCCCCAAGGUGUACAUACCAGCCGAGAGGUGUGAGCAGCUAUGCCUCCUGGUCUGCCAUCUCCUGCGGUCUUGCCUGAGAGUUCAUAAACUAGUACCCAUCAAAGCUGAUCUAGACAGUCAGCAUGGAUCGGUUAUCGGUUUUGACUUGAACCUCAAUGAAACAUCAGAUGCGGGUAGUUGCAAAGCGAACUCACAGACAUCAGUAGGCUAUGAGAUGAUGACGUCCGUGUCCAACGAGGGCGCUUUUCAGCAGAGCUCUUUGAGGUUUAGUGGGUCUCGCCUUCUUGAUGACUUGACCGAGAUGUGCCGACUGGAUAGUCAUAUUGAUGGUUUUGUUCAUCACAUCGGUCGAAUCGGUCCGUGGGUUGGAUCGCAACGCAGUAAAAUAUGUGAUAAGGUUGUUUGUGAACUGAAAGCAGUCGUACUCACUUGUUUGUAAAUUAUUCGUUCAAAGACGGACCAUGGCUAAAUUAGGUAUUCAGCUUAUUGCUCAGGAAAUGUAAUUGUUAAGAUGAUCGAUAGUGGGACACAAAUCGCCACAAUGAAAUCAGCACUGUACCAUGAUAUGCCGUCCCUAUUGAAAUUGACUGUCGGUAGUAUUAACUGGGACCAGGGCACCAUUUCAUGUAAAGCUUGCUUGGCAGAAAAAAACACUGCAGCUGAUGAUAAUGUAUACAAUUUUGAGAAAUAAUUCCCUUCAUUCAAAGGAGUGUGGUUUAUUCACAAAAAAAAUCAAUCUACCUUUCUCAGAUUGUGUAUUCCAACAAGGAUUAUUCUUCCAUAACCAAUCAAACUUUUCAUCUCAAAAAACGGAACCACCUUUUGAAAUGAAGUUUUCACAACUUUAGUUUUAUUGUAUAUAUAGAUAGGUUUAAAACAGCCAAACAGUUCCAAAAACCAAAGGAUUACUUUGCUUUUUAAUCCUUGUGUAUAAACAUUUUGUAAGUAGACUUUUCGGUACAGUCAUUGCCAUAUGUUAUGGUUGACUAACUUGGAUGAUUUCUGUGUAUAAUGUGUAAAUAUUUAUUUUGUACUAAAAACUGCUGUAAAGAACUUACCUUAAAGGCAGUGGACACUAUUGGUAUUUACUCAAAAUAAUUAUUAUCAUAAAAACUUUCUUGAUUACGAGU